AUGAGGCACUCAGCUGAUCCAAAGUACAGUAAUCAUUUUGCAGUACCGUAUCCAUCGCGCAAUCGCUAUGGUCGUCCAUACAUCUCGGGGAGACCGUUGUUGACGUGCGAUCGACAAAAGAUCGUGCAACUUGUUCGAGAACGGGAUGAAGAAGAUUCACAUCGCGAAAGCAGCUCGGUAUUACUCACAGCUGUGUGGCGCCAUGGACCAGGUACAGCCCGGGAGUCGAACCCCUGGCCAAGAGAUAGAAGCGCUAUGUUCCAGGCCAGCUCAUUUGGAAACAUUCUGAUGUUGGAGUCCUUCGCUCGAACGAUCAGCCCAAGAAACCCAGUCCCGGGAGAGUCAAGUGCUCAAUCACAACCAAUUAUGAAUGCAACUCGCAAAGUUUCAAAAAUUCAGAACUACAGUAACUAUUUUGCAGUACCGUAUCCAUCGCGCAAUCGCUAUGGUCGUCCGUACAUAUCGGGGAGACCGUUGUUGACGUGCGAUCGACAAAAGAUCGUGCAAUUGUUCGAGAACGGGAUGAAGAAGAUCCACAUCGCAAAGCAGCUCGACUGGGUUGACGGCCAUGGCGCCGCAAAGUUCGCCCACUACCCGAAAGUCAACUUUGAGUUCGGAUCUCGCAUUCUACGGAACGAUUCCGGCUCUGUGAUCUACUUCUCCAAAACGAAAGAGGAACCUUGUGAAAGGGCUCGAUGCCGCUCUACAGCUGAACUGGAGAUCUGCUCAAUUUUCAUCGAAGAGAUUGAUUAG